CACACCACAAGUGUUCUACUAACUUUUGCGAAAACAACUUUGAGUGCUCGUAGUCAACCAUGUCGCAGUUUCGAACCAUGACUGCAUCGGUUUUGAGCACAAUUCUCAUACUGUUGUUUCUGACUGUAUGCAAUGCUGAUAAAUUUGCUGUGAUAGUAAACCCGCAACUCUUCAAAGUAAGCUCAAUAGCAUCGUUGUACCAAUAUGAAAUCACAACCAACAAAAUAUUUUGUGCGGUGUACGAAGCCCCCUUUACGCUCUAUCGAGACCCACCAACUCAAUUCAACAGUAUUGCGUUCGUACAUGACCUACAUGCAAGACGAUUAGUGAGAGCUUUUGCAAACAACAACUGUGAUGACUUUGCUGAGAAUCUGUCUGCAAAGGAAGACUUAUUAGAGCUCCGACUGUCUUCCACUUCAGCGGCGACUUUAAGCCGCGAUAGAAAUGAAUUUAAGCGCGAGGGGCCUGAUGUUGAGAACUCACAAUGGAAAAAAUCUAGGUGUGAAGUGCCAAGCGGGGAUUUAUCUAAGACCUCUGAGGGGGAUUCAUCUAAGACCUCUACGGGGGAUUCAUCUAAGACCUCUACGGCGGUUUUAUCAGAGACCUCUACGAUUUGCAUGAACCCUACAGUAGAAGAGUUUCCACAGUCUUCUGCCGAUUCUGAGCUCACCGGGAAGCGCACCAGUCCUCAGCCCCCUGCGGCGAGCACUCCUUCUCUUGGAGGAAGCUCAUCAAACUUUAAGUACAGCAACGCGUAAAAAGUUUGAAUAUCUUCGAAAAUGCAACGAGUAAAUCAUAAA